AUGACCAGCCUUCUCCAAACCCUAAUUCCUCCCCUCUUUUGCAUACCAUUCUUCCUAAUGCUAGCAAACAAUGCUAUCUCACAAGAGACCCACUUCACCUUCACCUCCUUCGCCUCCGCCUCCGCCUCCGCCCCCACCGACCUAACCUACCAAGGCGACACCCACGUCCCCACCGGCGCCUCAUCCCUCCGCCUCACUAAAACCGACUCCCACGGCCUCCCACAGCCGUACAGCACCGGCCGCGUCUUGUACUCCAAACCCUUCAAGUUGUGGGAGCGUUUACUAGUAAUUUCCUUCAACACCACCAUAAAAUUCACCAUCACACCCGCCAAAGACCCAGCCGGUGACGGCCUCGCCUUCUUCAUGGCGCCCGCUGGGACCACCAUCCCAGAUGGCGCCUACGGAGGCGACUUUGGCCUAUUCGACGUCUCAGGUGGUGGGGUCGGCCGACCCCGCCCGACCCCACCUGGAUCCGCCAGUGCAGGCAAGAGCCCCCCCAUCUUCGCCGUUGAAUUCGACAUCUUCUCCAACCAGUGGGAUCCCAGCCAUAAACUCAGGCACAUCGGGAUCGAUAUCAACUCGGUAAAAUCGGACGCCUUUGUGGAGUUCGGAGACUCCUGCGUUGGGAAGAAGGCGGAGCUGAACAUACAAUACGACGGCGUUGGCUUGAUUUAUGUUCAUCUCAAAUGCGAAAAAGAAACGCGUCUUCUUGAAUAUGAGUAUGAUUUGGGGACAUUGCUGCCUCCGUUUGUUCAGGUCGGGAUCGCCUCCGCCACCGGAGACUGUGUUGCUCUUCACGACGUCGAUUAUUGGAGUUUUAGAUCUGCCGAGCGCGCCGUGAUCGACGCCUCUAAAACUCGGAAAAUUGGGUGA